AUGGAAACCUUUGAAAAGAUUAAUGUCAGUGGAAAUCGAAACAAAGGGAAAAUCAAUAGCAUUAAAGAUAAUGCAAGAAGAAGGAGCAAGAGCUCUUUUCUGAGUGAUUACUUUUUGGUGAUUACGUUUACUUUUGCGGUAUUUCUCUUGGUGUGGAGCCACCGCUUCCAUCACCAUGAUGGUCUUAGUACAAACCAUUUGGAAAUGAAGAGGAUAAAAGAAUCAUUUAUAUCAACUUCCUCUACUGGUAAGACUACCAACAAAACUAGAAAAAUAGCAAGUACAGCAACGAACCAACACGACCAUCGCUUGGCUGGAUUGAAAUGUGACCAGUGGGGAGGACCCUCCUUUGAUGCGGCCCAAGAAAUGGUCUACUGGGAAGACAUUCCAUCAGACCAAAACUACCUCUCUCCGUUUCACCUGAAAGCAGCUACUGAUGGAGCUUCGGAACUCAGGAUUGGCCAGUUUCUCACCUUUGAACCAGACGGCGGAGGUUGGAACAACAUUCGAAUGUCAAUGGAAACACUUCUGGCCAUUGCAUUCAAUAUGGGUAGGACCUUGGUACUUCCUCCACAUCAAAAGAUGUAUCUACUUUCCAAAGAAGAAAAGAAGCAACGGAGUGAAUUUAGUUUUGAACAUUUCUUCCACAUGCAAAGCAUCAGUCAGGAGCACAUUGGAUUUAACGUCAUCAACAUGGACGAAUUUCUUCAGCUAUUUUUGGACGGCCGCUUCAAACAUCCCGGAACAGGAAAGCCAGUAUUUCCGCCCAACAAUCGGACAGACUGGAACAGUGUUGCCGGACCUGAAAAGAAUAUUCUAAAGGAUUGGUUGCGAGAAUCUUCAAAGGUAUUACAAUGGCUACCGGACGACUGCAUGGCUUCCUUUCCUCGUUCCAACACUGCCGAGGCUAUGGAAGAAUUGGAGAAUUUGGAAGAAGCAAUUUUUAAAGAAGGGAUUCCCAAUUAUGAAGAUUAUGUGGGCAAGCCUGUUCCUGUCGAUUCCAGUGCCAAGGAACGUCUGAAGGAAAACUUGGCUGGUCGAAAAAAAUUGUGCUUCUACGACACCGAACUGCAGCGGGAGCCUUGGAUUCACUUUCCAGUUUCUCACCAAGGGCAGUACAAGGCUCGCAUGCUGGUUCACUUUUACGCAUUCUUGUUCUUUGCAGACUGGAAGGCUGACCUAUGGACCAAACGGUUUGUCAGGGACCACGUCCGAUAUGUAGACGAGAUCCAGUGUGCUGCCGCUCGGGUGGUCCACGCCAUUCGCACCAAGCAUGAUAGCAACUUUGAUACAAUGCAUGUCCGACGAGGCGACUUUCAAUACAAGAAUACUCGCGUGAGCAUUGACAAGAUCUAUACGGCAAUAUCGAAGCAUAUACACAAGAAUUCCACCAUUUACAUUGCCACAGAUGAAAGAGACAAAUCAUUCUUCGCUCCUCUGAAGAAACACUACAAUAUAUUAUACUUGGACGACUUCUUGGAGGAUCUAGGCGGCAUCAACACCAACUUCUAUGGAAUGGUGGACCAACUCAUCGCAUCUAGAGGUCGCACCUUUUUUGGCUGCUGGUUUUCUACUUUCACAGGGUAUAUCAAUCGGCUGCGGGGCUACCAUGCAGAUGAUCACCAAACACCAGGAUAUGAGGAUGGGAUAAUUCCAAGCUACUACUAUACUCUGGAGGACCGGUACGAUCAUAUGCGAGAGUUCUGGCCCGUCAAACGUGCAUUCUAUGCAAGAGAAUUUCCAACGUCGUGGAGAUUGAUAGACACUGGAGUAGAAGAAGAUAUUGCUAGGCCUGCGACCUGA